UUAGGGUACGUGUUAUCCUACUCAUCAUCCGACCACUAGAUCACUCCCGUCGCCUUCAGGUCCAAACUAUCUUCGAUACUCCCGUCGAUUCUGCGCGAUCGGCGGAGCACGGAAUAUGCCCAAGGCACCUCCCCGCCCCCCGAAGAUCUGUGCUCUCUCGACGAUCUUCGAUUCGCUUGCCAGUUUGAUCCUCGAAGAUCUGGUGGUUAUUGGUUGAAACAGAUCUAAGACGCGUUGUCACGGGCCUCUGAAUGCAAUGGAGGUGUAGUCCUGUUGAGAAUCAAUGCCGAAUGAUGAAUGCGGUAAAGUGAAGCGAAGUGAGCACGAGGAUUGUCCUGAACCUUGUUUGAAUUGGGUCACUAAUCACAGUGAGAAGGAUGCUUCUGCAUCUCAAAAUGGAGUGACGCAAAAGAGAGGCGGGGUAGGUGCUGCUUUAGAAGGGAGACACAUGGGUGGGGCUGUGCAUCUUCCAACAGUUAGUAUGGUCAUCUCCCUCCCAGUGGAUGAUGGUCCAGACCCUAAUACGAGCAUCUCAAAGCUUGAUGCCUUGGAUGAGUACGAGAGAAUCAAUGAGGUGGCUACGGCUACUGCUACUGCUACUGCUACUGCUACAUCCAACAAGGUUUCUUUGCCAAGGUCUGAAAGCUUCAAAGACCAGUGCAGAAUCUGUCAGCAGCAGCAAACAGAAGAACUGCUGAUUGAUCUUGGAUGUGGAUGCAGAGGUGAACUGGCAAAAGUGCAUCGCACUUGCAUAGAAAUUUGGUUCCAUACUAAAGGGUCCAACAAAUGCGAGAUAUGCCAGCAGGUGGCUUCAAAUGUACCAUUUCCUGAGUCCCAUCCAAGUACAAAUUACCAGGUUUGGAGAGUCAAUUCAGUUCAAGGUAGAGCACAACCAGAGAAUGGAAGGGUAUGUUUGAAUCCACUUUGGGUUGCAUUUGCCCUUCUAAUUGGAGGAUUAUUUUUGGAUGUGCUAGUAUCUGUUUCUCUUGGUAUUUCUUCGCUACCUGUGAAUGUCAUAACGGGUGUUCUUAUUGUUCUUGGCCUGGCUGCUGCUUUGCGGCUGUCAAUGGAAUGCUGUAAAGAAUUGGGCGUGACGAGAGACCAUGUUCAUACCGAUAUCACUUCUUCGAACCCUCUCUAUCAUCCAGGAGUCUAAUUAUAUUUGUAUAUACCACAAUGCAGUAUAGAUUUUGGCAUCUUUUGUUUAUUUUUUACCUUACAAAAUGCCUUAGCUAUUAAUUGGGGGAGUGUCUUGAUUAUGUAGUAUCUGCUAAACAAACUCAACUCUUAGUCCUAUAUAUGUGGACUACCUAAAUCAAUUAUGUUGUUCAAGUUUGUUUAAAAAAAAUAAUUGAGUCAAAUCAAGUCUAA